AUCCCAGAAUGCCAACUGGAUCCUGGUUUAUGAACCCCGCCCCCCGCACCUCCUCCACGAGAGGGAUAACUACAAAUCCCGGCAUGCUGUGAGAUCCCGGCGCUGCUCUGUGAUUGGGAGGCUCCGGGCCUGUGCGGAAGUAGAUUGAGCCCCCUCCUUAGCUGGAAAACCGGAAGCUCGUUCUGGUUUUUCGUGUGGGUUCCUGCUCCGGACUCUAGCCGGAAAGAGGAGAAAAGACGAAAGUCGUUCUUCUGUCCACUGUACAUCUACAUCCGAGUUACUAAGAGAUGGAAACAGAAGGGCCUUUACGAUGUAGUCCUGAUUUUACACGAUCAUGUUGUCAGAGUCUUUCUCAGAAAGACCACGUAAAGGUUUUUCCCAAGGCAAUGAAUCUGGCCAAGUCUUCAGAAGACAGCAGUAUCCGUCUUUAAUGGUGAAGAGCACAGAUUCUCAGCGCAACUGACUUUGAAUCCUGGCUCUACCUUGUGCUACUUAUGUUACCUUGGGCAAAUUACUUAAGCCUUUGUGCCUCGGUUUCUUCAUUUGUCAAAUGGAGAUAGUAACAAUGUCUGCUCAUAGGACUGUUGUGGCUGCAUUCAGCCACAUGAUAUAUUUACCAUGUCUGGCACAUAAGUGAGACUCAUUGUCAUGGUUAUUCCCGCUUCUGAAGAAGGGAGCACAAGGUUAAUUAAAUGCCUGGCUGGGGAGAAGGCAAAAGGAAUACAAGAAGGAAAAAAUAGAGUAAAGCCAGAAUCAACAUUGUCCCUAUUUCUAAUCAAAUAACAGAGAAGCAAUUACAAAAUCUGAAUGCAGUUAGAGGAUCCUGGGAGGCAGAGUGGCUGGAUCUAGCCUGAGCUGUGUCUCUGACUCAUUUUUGACUUCAGGCAAGUCGUUUCGAUGGAGAAAAUGGCAAAGAUGUUCAGUUUUCUGCUUGUCACCACUGCUCUGGUAAUGGGCAGGAAGAGCUGGGCUCUAGAGAACUGUCUCCGGGAGCAAGCACGACUCAGAGCCCAGGUGCACCUGCUCGAGACCCGGGUCAAACAGCAACAGGUCAAGAUCACCCGGCUUUUGCAUGAGAACGAAAUCCAGUUCCUCGAUAAAGGAGAGGAGAAUAUUGUCAUUGACCUUGGAGGCAAAAGGCAAUAUGCGGACUGUUCGGAGAUUUUUAAUGAUGGGUAUAAGCACAGUGGAUUUUACAAAAUCAAACCUCUCCAGAGCCCAACAGAAUUCUCUGUUUACUGUGACAUGUCUGAUGGAGGAGGAUGGACUGUAAUUCAGAGACGAUCUGAUGGCAGUGAGAACUUUAACAGAGGCUGGAAUGACUAUGAAAAUGGCUUUGGAAAUUUUGUUCAAGAAAAUGGCGAAUAUUGGCUGGGUAAUAAAAAUAUUCACUUAUUGACCACACAAGGAGACUACACUUUAAAAAUUGACCUUGCAGAUUUUGAAAAAAAUAGCCGUUAUGCACAGUAUAAACUUUUUAAAGUUGGAGAUGAAAAGAAUUCUUAUGAGUUGAAUAUCGGCGAAUAUUCUGGAACAGCUGGAGACUCCCUUACAGGGAAUUUUAAUCCUGAGGUGCAAUGGUGGGCUAGUCACCAAAGAAUGAAAUUCAGCACACGGGACAGAGAUAAUGACAACUACGAAGGGAAUUGUGCAGAAGAAGAUCAGUCUGGCUGGUGGUUUAACAGGUGUCACUCUGCAAACCUGAAUGGCUUAUACCACAAGGGCCCCUACGCUGCUAAAACGGACAAUGGGGUUGUGUGGCUCACCUGGCAUGGAUGGUGGUAUUCUCUGAAGUCUGUGGUUAUGAAAAUUAGGCCAGAUGAUUUUAUUCCAAAUAGUGUUUGAUUUUCCCUGUUGGGCUUUCUUUCUGCAAUUCGUCUCGCUUUAAAGUGCUUUGAAAAAUUGGACCUCUGAACAUAUACAUACACACAUAGAUGGCAA